CUUUUAUGAAUACCAGGUUCACAGACAUCUCUAAAUGGGAAGAAAGUGCCGGUCGUUGUCUUCAUUCACGGCGAGUCCUAUGACUGGAAUUCAGGCAAUGUAUACGACGGCAGCAUUUUGUCCAGUUUUGGACACGUCCUCGUCGUUACUCUCAACUAUCGGUUGGGGAUAUUAGGUUUUCUACCGGUGCUGGUGGACGGUGUGGUUCGAGGCAACUACGGCCUUAUGGAUCAGGUGGCGGCUCUGCACUGGAUUCAGGAAAAUAUUGGUGAAUUUGGCGGCCAAUCAGAUAAUGUCACAAUUAUUGGCUAUGGAUAUGGGGCUGCCUGUGCCCACCUACUAAUGAUAUCACCCAUGGCUAAAGGCCUUUUCUCACGAGUGAUACUAAUGAGUGGUUCAGCACUCAGUCCAUGGGCUAUAGCCAGAGAUACUGACAUUUAUGCCAAAACAUUAGCUCAAACGCUCAACUGUCCAAUACAUGAAUCAAUAGUAGACUGCCUUCGCAAGAGAAAAAUUGACGAUAUAUUGAGAGUAGACCUUAAAAUUCCGGACCAUUUGACAGCAUUCGGCCCAAUCAUCGACUCAAUUGUAGUGCCUUCUGACCCGAGAAGAUACCAAUCGCCCGGUGCCACCACCACCAAUAAGCUCAAUAAAGUGCACCUCCAUGUGGGCACUCAAUACGAUUUGCUGUUUGGUGUGAACCGACUCGAGAGCCCCUGUAUUUUCGCCGCCAAUGAGGAGCGACUCGGAAUCGAUUACCCGCGAAGGGAUCGCAUCCUUAGGACUCUUAUCAGAAAUCUUUUUGAUUUUCAUCAACAGUCAAUAUUCCUAACACUAAUCAAUGAAUACACGGAUUGGUCGCGAGCUGUGGAACAGCCCAUUAAUAUUCUGGAGUCAAUGGCAGAUAUACUCAGCGAUUCAUUAGUCGUAUCGCCUCUCAUACAAACCGGUGAUUUGCAUUCAGGCCAACAACAGUCAUCAAUAGCGCCGACACCCGACGCCACACCAAUCACUGGCAAAACAUUUUUCUAUAUAUUCAUGCAUCAGUCAAUAUUCCUAACGCUAAUCAAUGAAUACACGGAUUGGUCGCGAGCUGUGGAACAGCCCAUUAAUAUUCUGGAGUCAAUGGCAGAUAUACUCAGCGAUUCAUUAGUCGUAUCGCCUCUCAUACAAACCGGUGAUUUGCAUUCAGGCCAACAACAGUCAUCAAUAGCGCCGACACCCGACGCCACACCAAUCACUGGCAAAACAUUUUUCUAUAUAUUCAUGCAUCAGAAAAAUGUUUUGCCAGUGAUUGGUGUGGCGUCGGGUGUCGGCGCUAUUGAUGACUGUUGUUGGCCUGAAUGCAAAUCACCGGUUUGUAUGAGAGGCGAUACGACUAAUGAAUCGCUGAGUAUAUCUGCCAUUGACUCCAGAAUAUUAAUGGGCUGUUCCACAGCUCGCGACCAAUCCGUGUAUUCAUUGAUUAGCGUUAGGAAUAUUGACUGA